GGCGACACAAAGGGAGUCAAUGACAAGGGUGGUGGAAAAGGCAAAGGCAUCCAGCUCCUCAACCAGCUGGUUCAGGGAGCAGGCUCAAAGUACAAGGACGUUCUCCCAGAGAGUGCUAAAGAAGUUCUAUCAAGUGUGCUGGACAACGCCAGGGCCACUCGCGAAGCCCAGGUCCCUGCCAGCAAGACCCUCAUGUCCACGGAAGCUGAGAUCAAAAAGAGGGAGUCCAAGAUUCGCAAGUACGAGAUGCGGCAGGACAAGGCUUGGGCAGAAGUUACCGGCCAGCUCGACAAUGAGACGCGGCAGCACCUCGGCCAGCUCUACCAGACCGCGCUGGUCGGCAUCAGCCCGUGCUCCGCCGACGUCUACACGGCAGCUACCAACAUGGCCUCCACGCUCCUG